AUGGCAUCAAACGUGAAAUGGGCAAGAAAUUUGAACAAGAGCCAACUCGGUGGUGUCAUAUUUGGUUGCACACAGAGCACUAUGAGAGAAUGUCUAGCCAACCAGCUCUUUGGACUGCCAGCACAUCACUUUUCAUAUGUAAAGAACAUUGAGCCAGGCCUGCCGCUAUUUUUGUUCGACUACAGCGAAAGGAAACUCCAUGGCAUCUAUGAAGCUGCUAGCUCAGGCAAAAUGGGUAUCGAUUCAUAUGCUUGGACUGCAGAUGGUUCGGAUAGAACGAAGUUCCCGGCACAGGUAGUCCAAAUACGUCUUCGCCUGCAAUGCCAAGCUCUUCCCGAAUAUCAGUUCAAGCCAAUAAUCAUUGACAACUAUUACAGUCAGGCCCAUUUCUGGUUUGAGUUGGAUCAUGCUCAAGCAAGCAAGUUGAUGUCCAAGCUCUCGUCUUUAGCAGUUGCUCCAGGGACAUCUAUCCCUCAGAAUCUUCCAAAUUGGGCUGCUGUUGCUAAAAGAGGUGAAAGCGGACCUUCGUAUCCUCCAAUUUCGGAAGAUGAUUUCAUUAAUAUCCAUGACUCCAUUGGCUCAUCCACCACUUCGGAUGAUUCUUUCUUUAUGAAUGGAAACAAUCAAUCGAUGGAUGCACCUUCGCAUGGCCAAAUGUUGGAAUUUGAUGAGAAGGAUCUAAUUUACAUGAAAUUGAAAGAAAUGGCCCUCGGUUGUGAGUUCUUGGAUCCAUGCACAAGUGAUGUGAAUCUGGAGCAUGAAAGUCGCGAUGAUGAUGUGGUGACUGUGGAGAUUAGGGAUGGUGGAAGCUCUUUGGAGUCAAUCGACUAUCUUACUCUUAUAGGAAAGUUAUGCAGGGAAGUGGAAGAGUUAAAGACUUUUAGGCGAGAGCAGUCUCAAAAGAUGGAAAGUUUGCAAAAGAAAUUGGCGGAGGCAGAACAAGUAGUCCAUCGAUUAGAAAACAAAUUCAUGAAAUUGGAAACCAUAUCCAGAACUUCCAUGGGACUUCCUGGUGAUGAGGUGCUGCUCGAGUCUCCUCACGAAGUUCAAUUUAAUCUUAACGAGUCAAUAUUAUUGGUUGGUGGAUUUGAUGGUGAAUCGUGGUCAUCUGCCCUGCAAUCCUUCUCACCUUCACAUAAUGUCUUGAGAUCGCUUAAGCCGAUGUCUUCUGUCCGUUCGUAUGCUGCAGUUGCAUGCUUUAAUAGCGAACUUUAUGUAUUUGGUGGUGGAACUGGUUCUAAGUGGUAUGAUACAGUUGAGUCGUAUGAUGCUGCAAAUGAUGAAUGGACAAAACGUGCGUGCUUGAACAAAGCUAAGGGAAGUCUAGCUGGUGCUGCUCUGAAUGGUAAAAUAUAUGCAGUUGGUGGUGGAAAUGGAGCUGACUGCUUCUCUGAUGUGGAAAUGUUCGACCCGUAUGUUGGACGGUGGAUAUCUGCACGCUCGAUGCUAGAAAAGCGUUUUGCUCUUGCUUCUGUGGAGCUUAAUGGUGCAAUAUAUGUUGUUGGUGGAUAUGAUGGAUAUGACUAUCUGAAGAGUGCCGAAAGGUUCGACCCUAGAGAACAUUCGUGGAUCAAAAUCAAAAGUAUGGAUGCUAAGAGAGGUUGUCUCUCUCUGGUCACAAUGAACGAAAAACUAUAUGCUAUUGGUGGUUAUGACGGUACAACAAUGGUGCCGAGUGUAGAGAUAUAUGAUCCUCGUCUCGAAGCGUGGAUGGCUGGUGAGUCGAUGAAUGAAGCUAGGGGAUACUCGUGUGCUGCUGUUCUUGGUGAAUCUAUUUAUGCUAUUGGAGGAGUUAAAGCUAAUGAGGACAUUGUGGAAAAGGUUGAAUGCUACAAGGAGGGACAGGGCUGGCAAGCAACGGAUUUGAAUGCGGUGGGAAAAAAGUGCUUCGCCUCAGCUAUUGUCUUAAAAGAAGAUUGA